CUAAGCGACGUCCUGGCCUCUGAAGCGUCCGUGGAACAGUCUAUCCUGCAAGGGUUUGAAGAGCUGUCCUACAAGACCCGUGUGGCUUUGGGUAAAGACGACGAGAAGAGUGCGUGGGAUGCCAUCUUCAAUGCCUGGGCCGAGCGGGUGUUUGCCUAUGUGUUUGAACGUCUCGAGUUAACGUUAGUGAACCUGCACGUACGGUUUGAGGAUGAUAUCAGCGGUGCUGCGGCGUAUGCGGCGGGUGUGACUUUAGAGCGCCUGGAGAUCAAGAGUGCCACCGACCAGUGGAGUUAUUCGCCGUUUGUGGACCUGACCGAAAGCCCGUAUAUCCGCAAG